UAAUCGAUAUUGAAUCGAAUCGUGGGACACCCAAAGAUUCACAGCCCUAUCAUGCAGUCAUUAUUGGACAUAAAUACUGACACCAGCGGGAAAAUGAAUCCAUUCUCGAUGACAAUGAGGUCUGAAAGACCAGAAGACAGCAGUGUCCUUGGGAGGUGAAAAGGUUAGUCUUCAAGGAGGAAAAACAUAAAGGAUGUAAAGAAUUGUUACAAAAUGUGCGUGCGUGUGUGUGUGUGUGUGUGUGUGUGUGUGUGUGAGUGUGUGUGUGUGAGUGUGUGUGUGUGUGUACAGCUCCCAACAAUCUUUGAGAGUAGCAGACAAAAGCAUUGUUGAUUUAUUUAUUUAUUUAUUUAUUCAUUUUGCUAUUGAAAAGCCAUGCCGAUGCUGGUGAGUCACAGGUUGACUUUAUAACGUCAAGCAGAGCAGUUUCCUCCUUAGUGGUCACCUUGAGGGACACGGAAGAUGUUUACCAUGAAGUCCUUCUGUCUGAUCUUCUUCAUCCUGCUCUUGGUGUCCAAGGGGUCUUCAGCAGUCAUCACAGGGGCGUGUGAAAAGGACUCCCAGUGUGCAGAAGGGACGUGUUGCGCAGUGAGUUUGUGGAUCCGCAGCCUGCAUAUGUGCACGCCCAUGGGCGGGGAAGGAGACGAGUGUCACCCCUUGAGCCACAAAGUUCCUUUCUUGAGGAUUAGACUUCACCACAUGUGUCCCUGUCUUCCCAGGCUGCGCUGCAUCACUGUGGAGGAAGGACGAUCUAAAUGUCUCUUACCCUACAUAGAGCAAGACUACAUCUGAGCACACGCACACUAUUUCUCCCUCAUGACCUAAUAAUGUAUUUUAUUUCUAAUAAUGACGUCUAUUUACUAAUUAAUUGCUUUGAUAA